CCGAAUACGCUCUGAUGUCAAUGUCACCAAGGAAGUAGACAUGACACGAUUCACUACCAGAAAUAUCGUAUGGCUCAUGUCUCGAUUAGCAAUAGCUGUAUGCAUGUUUAUCACCUCCGUCCUCGGUUUAUGUCGGCACCUCGGAGCACACGUAGAUGGUCGGACGAUCAUCAGGAGGAGACAGGAUGAAUCAAGAUGGUAUCGCCAGAUGCGACUGAACCAGUACCCGAAGGUCGGUGUAGUUGCGCGUACAGAUGAUAUGCUUUACACAUUUGUUGGUUGACCGGAUGCCUGCAAGAAAGGAAAUUCCACGACUUGAGGACCUGAUGGGUGACGAUGACCGGUAAGCGGCGAGGAUAAGUAGUACUGUAUGUGUUUGGUGCUGCCUCGGAGCGAGAAUCCUCAAUCAACAAUCAAGGAAACGAGAUCAGCGCGACACGGGGUUGGAGGCUUUGCGGACCGUAUAUCCAC